AUGGAGGACGGCAGGGGUCCGGCCGGCUGGCUCCUGGUGCUGCUGGCCUGCCUGGCCUGGAGGGUGGGCGAGAUGGAGAAGCUGUCCCCGCUGGCUCCGGGGCCCCGAGCUCUCAGCACGAAGGAGACCUUCCUGGUGCUCUCGCUGCACAACAAGCUGAGGAGCAAAGUGCAGCCGCCCGCUGCCAACAUGCAGAAGCUGGAGUGGAGCGAGGAGCUGGCGCAGCUGGCGGUGGCGCGGGUGGCCGGCUGCCUGGCAGCCCCCGCUCCCCCGCCGGCCCCACAGCUGGGCUGGAGCGAGACCCUGCUCCCGGAGGGCGCCGGGGGCUUCGUCGAGCUGCUGGAGCGCUGGUUCGCCGAGGGCCGCCGCUACGACUACGGGGCGGCGCGCUGCGCCGGCAACGCCACCUGCCGCCACUACACGCAGCUGGUGUGGGCGACGUCGGGGCGGGUGGGCUGCGGCAGGCAGCUCUGCGCCGGGAGCCGGGGCCGCAGCCAGGCCUUCGCCUGCGCCUACUGGCCGGGGGGCAACUGGGAGCUGUCCGGGGCGCCCAUCGCCCCCUACCAGCGCGGGCCCUGGUGCUCGCUCUGCACCGCCGGCCUCUCCGGCUGCUUCAAGUCCUGGGACCACGGCGGCGGGCUCUGCGAGGUCCCCAGGAACCCGUGCCGCAUGAGCUGCAGGAACGGCGGGCACCUCAACGUCAGCACCUGCCGGUGCCACUGUCCCCCCGGCUACACGGGACGCUACUGCCAAGUGCGGUGUAGCAUGCGGUGCCUCCACGGGAAGUUCAGGCAGGAGGAGUGCUCCUGCCUCUGCGACGCUGGCUACGGCGGUGCUGAGUGCGGUGCCAGGGUCCGGUUCCCCUUCCACACCUGUGAUGUGACGAUCGAUGGCGACUGCUUCAUGGUGUCCCCCGAGGCCGACACGUACUACGGAGCCAAGGCCAAGUGCCAGGAGAAAGGGGCCAUGCUGGCCCAAGUCAGCAAUCAGAAGGUGCAGGACAUCCUGGCCUUCUUCCUCAGCCGCCUGGAGAGCAGCAACAGGGUGACGGACACCGACUUCGAGACCCGUAACUUCUGGAUUGGUCUCACCUACAAGACAUCCAAGGCUUCGUUCCGCUGGGACACGGGCGAGCCUUCUACCUUCACCAGCUUUGCUUUUGGGCAGCCGGACAACCAGGGGUUCGGGAACUGCGUGGAGAUGCAGGCAUCAGCCGCUUUCAACUGGAACGACCAGCGCUGCAAGACCCGGAACCGGUACCUCUGCCAGUUCGCCCAGGAGCACAUUUCCCAGUGGCAGCAGGACCCCUGAGCAGGCAGCCCCGGGCUGUGCCCCCUGCCCACCGUGCGGGCAUCUCCAGCACCAGCUGGGGAUGGGGACAGGGGACAAGCGUGGCACUGGGACCGGCUGAGAAGGGC